AAACCAUCACGCUAGAGACAAAUCCGAAAUCAAGCGGGUGUGAAGGAAGAAUUCUAGAGGGAUAAAUAAAGAAAGAAUUGCAUAGCACGCCAAUGGCAUAUGCAUAUCCGUGAGUGGCUGCGAUGGCUUUGUACGCAAACGCAACGAGCUGGUUCGAAAGAAGAGGAGUCCCAAAUCCAACUCGUUAUGCUGCUGCUUCUGGGCUAUUUUCUAGCAUCAGAGAAGUUGCAAUCCAGCAAGCAAACACAAAACCGAGCAGCAAGAUAAUGAAGCACGACCUGCCCUCCCUCUCUAUUUUCCCUGCUCUUCCCCUUUAGUUCCUCCAUCCUUCAUCAUCUCUUCCCUUUUCCUCAUCCCCUUUGCUUUCUUCUCACUAUGGCAAAGAUAGGCGUCUCUGAUUACGACUCGACCCUGUUUCCCCAUGCAAAGGCUUUGGAUUUGAAACAAAAGUUGCGGGGGCUCGUCAAUAUUAUCCUGGACGCCGAGGAUUUCCCGCUGGCCAGACUAGACGAAGCUAUCACGACUCUUUCUGCUCUCAAGGAUUUGAAAUGUAAAUCUACCGGCUCCUUCCCUCAGAAAUUCGAUGAUUUGUCUAUUCCCCCCGAAUUUCGAUGCCCCAUAUCUCAAGAGCUAAUGAGUGAUCCUGUUAUCCUGGCCACCGGACAGACUUAUGAUCGGCCAUUUAUCCAAAGAUGGUUAAAUGAAGGCCACAGGACAUGCCCUCAAACACAGCAAGUCCUUUCUCACUCCAUCCUUACUCCAAAUCAUCUGGUCCGUGACAUGAUUUCACAUUGGUGCGAAGAGAACGGAGUUGAAUUGCCUAAGCUUGUCCAGGACAUUGAUGAAGUAAUAACUGGUGCAGACAGAAGCCAUUUAAAUUCAUUGCUCAAGAAAUUGUCGAUGUCUAUUUCUGAUCAGAAAGCAGCUGCAAAAGAGCUCCGGCUAUUAACAAAGCGAAUGCCCUCAUUUCGAAUCCUUUUUAACGAGUCCAGCGAUGUGAUAUUACAGUUGCUCAGUCCAUUGUCCCCCGGUACGUCUUAUAUCCCUCCUGACCUUCACGAGGACUUGAUCACUACUGUUCUAAAUCUCUCCAUUCAUGAUGAUAAUAAGAAAAUGUUUGCUGAGAGUCCUAUGGUUAUCCCUCUGCUGAUUGAGUCCUUAAAAUUUGGAACCAUCCAAACGAGAAGUAAUGCUGCGGCAGCUAUUUUCACAUUAUCAGCACUUGAUUCAAACAAGAGCAUCAUUGGAAACUCUGGGGCCAUCAAACAUUUAAUUGAGCUUUUAGAGGAGGGACAUCCACUGGCCUUGAAGGAUGCUGCCUCUGCGAUAUUCAGCCUAUGUUUGGUGCAUGAAAAUAAAGGAAGGACUGUUCGCGAAGGAGCUGUCCCAGUUAUCCUGAACAAGAUCGUGAACCGUGUUCUAGUUGAUGAGUUGUUGGCUAUACUGGCGCUCCUGUCUAGCCAUCCAAAGGCUGUUGAAGAAAUGAGCGAUCUUGGUGUUGUCCCCUUGUUGCUCAGUAUUAUACGGGAGAGCACCUCCGAAAGCUGCAAGGAAAAUUGUGUUGCAAUCCUAUACACAAUCUGUCUUACUGAUAGAACAAAAUGGAAGGAAAUAAGAGAAGAAGAAAAGGCCAAGGGCACACUUUCCGAACUCGCACAAUGUGGGACUUCAAGGGCCAAAAGGAAGGCUAAUGGGAUUCUUCAGAGGCUAAAUAGAUCUCCCACCUUAACACACACGGCUUAGUUUGAAGUAAGACCUUCGAAAUUCCAGAUCACCUCUUUGUAAAUAAAUGUCCCAUGUUCUUCUGUACAGGUCUUCUGACGUGGCUGUAAGUGACGAGUUGAAGUUUUUAUGUAGAGAACAUUACCUGCAUUUAACAUGCUAUAUUUUUAAGCAACGAAGCAUUGGCAUUUAAAUGGAAAAAGAAAAAUCCCUUUGCUCCUCUUUGCCAUAGAAUGCAAACCAAAGGUCCUAUUCCUGGGAUGUCUCAUCUGUUCGCACCGGGCUGCCCGUGAUGGUUGUGUUGGCAUUCGAAUUAAUUUUAAAUUUGUUUGGGUGUGAGGUAGCAGACAGAGCAAUGAUAAUUGUUGGGAUAGCAAUUUGGUGGUGGUGCUAUUAUUUGCGACUUUGUGGCGUUGUUGAUGUGAUGGAAGAGAGGAUAGGAGAUGGACGGUUGGGCCUUUCUUUUGUUUUGUUUGGAAGCCAACCUUUAUUCAUAGUGUCGGCACACCAUUUCUGCUUUCGUUUGGUCCGGUUCUUCCAUUACGAGACCGACACAAGCGAGUGGAUGGCCCGUAGCUAGGAGGUCACAUACUCCGCACCGCUUAUUUGAUAUUGGAAUUAUGAUAAAUGAAAGCGUCUUUUUUGUGUGUUUCUCUGUGUUUGUACACGUAGGUGGUGGUUCUACACCCGCACGAGAAUAUUCAGAAUCUCGCCGAUGCAUCAACCCACCUCUUCUUCUAUCAGUUCAAGCAUCACUUCCAAGGCUGGUUUGUUUUGGUCAUAUGAAAAUAAGAGAGUGGCACGCGCUUACUGAAUGGCGGUAACAACUGUUUAUUAAUGUAUUAUUAAUAGAUGGAUGAAGGGGGAGGAAGCCCGAGUACUGUGGGGAGGAGGCAGUCCAGAUUGAAGCAAGCCCCAAGUUUCUUGAUAUGAUGUUUUCACUUGAGAUGUAGCAUUAUAGCUAACAAACCACACUCUGUUAUCCUUGAAUAAUCUGAUUUCUUUUUUAAA